ACACGGUUCACUCAACCUUCCUGAGAAGCAGAGCCUGUGGGGUGUCCAGUGUGAGCAGAACCCAUGGAAAAGUUCAAGGCAGUGCUGGACCUGCAGAGAAAGCACCGCAACGCCCUGGGCUAUAGCCUGGUGACCCUACUGACGGCUGGUGGGGAGAAGAUCUUCUCCUCAGUGGUGUUCCAGUGUCCCUGCACUGCCACCUGGAACCUGCCCUACGGCCUGGUGUUCCUGCUGGUGCCUGCCCUCGCGCUUUUCCUCCUGGGAUAUGCGCUGAGCGCGCGCACAUGGCGCCUGCUCACCGGCUGCUGCUCCCGGAGCGCGCGAUUCAGUUCGGGGUUGCGCAGCGCGUUCGUGUGCGCCCAGCUCAGCAUGACCGCGGCAUUCGCGCCCCUCACCUGGGUGGCCGUGGCGCUGCUCGAGGGCUCUUUCUACCAAUGUGCUGUCAGCGGGAGCGCGCGCUUGGCGCCAUACCUGUGCAAGGGCCGCGACCCCAACUGCAAUGCCACGCUACCGCAGGCUCCCUGCAACAAGCAGAAGGUGGAAAUGCAGGAGAUCCUGAGCCAGCUCAAGGCUCAGUCUCAGGUGUUCGGUUGGAUUCUGAUAGCUGCCGUUAUUAUCUUACUUCUUCUUGUUAAGUCUGUGACCCGAUGCUUCUCUCCGGUUAGUUAUCUGCAGUUAAAAUUCUGGGAAAUCUAUUGGGAAAAGGAGAAGCAGAUUCUUCAAAAUCAAGCUGCAGAGAAUGCGACACAGUUGGCCGAAGAGAAUGUUAGAUGUUUCUUUGAGUGCUCGAAGCCGAAGGAAUGCAACACUCCAAGCAGUAAAGACUGGCAGGAAAUCUCAGCGUUGUACACAUUCAAUCCCAAGAACCAGUUCUACAGCAUGCUGCACAAGUAUGUUAGCAGAGAAGAAAUGAGCGGCAGUGUCCGCUCUGUGGAAGGAGAUGCAGUGAUCCCUGCCCUUGGCUUUGUAGAUGACAUGUCCAUGACUAACACUCACGAACUAUGAUCUUACACAAGAACAGAAAAAAAAAAUGUUUUGAAUUGUUGCUUUUAUAUAAAAAAAUAAAUAUUGGUAUAUUUUAA